CCGCCCUGAAGAGGAUGGAGGUGGCCGGGGACGUGGGUGCUGCAGAACCCGGCGAGACCCGGCCUCUAAAGCCGUGUCUGCUGCGCCGCAACCACAGCCGCGAACAGCACGGCGUGGCGGCCUCCAGCCUCGAGGAGCUGAGGAGCAAGGCCUAUGACAUUCUGGCCAUUGAUAAGUCCCUGGCAGUCACCCUGGUCCUGGCAGAGGAUGGCACCAUAGUGGAUGAUGACGAUUACUUCCUGUGUCUACCUUCCAAUACUAAGUUCGUGGCAUUGGCCGGUAAUGAGAAGUGGGCAUACUGCAAUUCAGAUGGAGGUACAGCCUGGAUUUCCCAAGAGUCCGUUGAGGUAGAUGAACCAGACAGCGGGUCAGAGUUGCAGUGGAAGAAUGUCGCCAGGCAGCUAAAAGAAGAUCUAUCCAGCAUCAUCCUCCUGUCAGAGCAUGAUCUCCAGGUGCUCAUUGAUGUUCCGUGUUCAGACCUGGCUCAGGAACUGUGCCAAAGCUGUGUCACGGUCCAGGGGCUCCAGAACACCCUCCAGCAGGUGCUUGACCAGAGGGAGAAAGCCCGUCAGUCCAAGCAGCUCUUGGAGCUUUACCUCCAGGCUUUGGAGAAGGAGGGCAGCAUCUUGUCAAAGCAGCAAGAUUCCAAAGCUGGCUUCAGUGACGAGAGGGAUGCAGUUGACACGGGAAUUAGCAGAGAGAGCUCCCCUGAAAUUACACUUAGGAGCCAGAUUCUCACUGCACUGAAGGAGAAGCCUGCUCCGGAGCUGAGUUUGUCUAGUCAGGAUUUGGAGCUGGUUACCAAGGAAGACCCCAAAGCAUUGGCUGUUGCUUUGAACUGGGACAUAAAGAAGACGGAAACUGUUCAACAGGCCUGUAAUCAGGAACUAAGCCUGCGCCUCCAGCAGAUACAGAGCUUGCAUUCUCUCAGGAAUAUUUCAGCCAGGAAGAAUUCGCUGCCUGGAGAACUGCAGAAUCCUAAAUGAGCCAAACAAGACUCCACAUAGUAUAGCUGGAAAUAUGCC